AUGCAGACCGAGUCAAGCGCUCUUGACAUGCCACCUUUGCGCCUGGCCGCUGAGGACACGGCGAUUAUACCUUCGCACUCCGCAACGAAGUCGACAGGCGGUGCACCGCCGGUCUCCUCGCUCGCAGCACUAGCUGGCCCACUGGCGGCGAAUUGCCUGAAUCAAAACGGGGAUGCGACUCCGGUGCUCACGCGCAGCAGCAGAACGGUGCGUAAAUCGAAGGCGAAGAUGCCCAGGCCAAGUGGGGCGGCAUCGAUAUAUCAACGUCACACCGACGGCGGCCUCGACGGUGAGCCGGCUGCACCAUUUGAAUUGCCACACUUCUCGACCGUCUCGCUCCUCACCGUUUGGGUGGUGGACUGUACGGUAGGGCUCUUCUCGCUUGUACUGUCUGACGUGUAUGCGGACCAGUACCCCGAGUUCCCGCUCAUGUUCUUUCUGGCCCUUGGCUCGCACUUGAACUUCCUAGCAGGCAUCUUUGUAUAUCUACUCGGCCGCGAGAAGUACGGCCCCAAGGUAUAUCGCUUCUAUCAGCCCUUUGCAGGCGGUGUGCAGUUCGUGACGCUGCAGUGCUUUGGAGUUACGUGUGUGGUAGCCUCGCUGCUGCUAACAGCGGCGUACGGGCUGCUCUUCGAGCCUGCAGUGAAGCAUUCUCACGGCUUCAUGAGCACGAUUGGCGCGCUGGCGCUGUUUGGCAACAUUCUUCUUUUGCUCUCGGUGCGCAGUUUCAGCUACUACGAUCGCACCAAGGCGUGGAAGCUGAGAUCGGCCACCGCAUCAUCACGCACCGGCGCGGCCUUCUUGGCUGACAACGGCGUCUCCGCGUUUCUGCGGUAUCUGCGCCGCCGCCCCAACGCAGAGAGUAUGCUGGAGGUGGCGCUGUUGAUCUCGCAGAGCGCGCUCAGCGUGGCGGCGAUCCGCUUUCCGAGGCUGCAAGGGGGCAUCUUCCGCGCGAACCUUGCUAUCACGCUGAUCUGUGGUGCGUUGUGUCUGCUUUCCGUUGGAUACCGGCGCUCCCUCGGCUUUAUCGGCUUCUACCUGUGGAUGCAUCGCACCUUCGACACCGUUCUUCUGUGGAUGUCGCGGCUUUUGUACAUCGCCGCCGCUUUCACGAAUGUGCUGCUCAUCAUUGACGCCGGUGUGCACACAAUAACGCCGUUUUCUGUGGUAGCCGUUCAGGGGCUGAACGUCGUGAGCUGUGUUGCGCUGCUGAUGUUUGUGCGCACGAUACGCUAUGAGGCUGCCGCAGAGACACCGAACGUGCCGAGCAGUGUGUUCGAGCUGGGCGGCGUGAUGGCGGUAGUGACGGUGUUUCUGCUCGCAUGCCUCAACGUGAGCAUCUUCCUGUACGCACAGAACUAUCCCGACGUCCUGAAUGAGGUGGUGGAGGGGACGAACUGGACGUACCAGGGAGUGCUCAUGCUUGUGUCGCAGCUGGUGCAACUCGUCUCCCUGCUACCAACGCCGAUGGUGUAUGUGUCUGGCGUGAUUAUGCACGGUGAUCACUUUCGCAUAUUUUACAGCAACCGCUCCGUUGAGACGCUACCGGUACUGCUUCUGCAGGCCCUGGGCUCUCUGCUAUACGUCGCCGCCAUUAUCAGCUUUACGCUAUUUCUAUCCAGCAGUGCCCCGCCCAUUGCCUCACUCGAGGCGGUGCUGUCAACCCUCAGCGUAUUCUGCAUGACCUGUGCUGUGCGACUGUACAGCUCCAUUACCCUCAAAGGCCAAAUCCUCCUCGCUGAGUCAGCAGCGGCGCUCGCGUCGGACCCACCUCUGAAGAAAAAGGACGCUUUGAACGCGGUCUCGGACUUAUCCGCGAGGCCCUCCGCCUAUACCGAGUCAUCACCCGGCAUGGGCCGCCGAAUGGCGGAGGAGCUGGCCAGCACAGCUUAUAUCAUGAACGGUGGGAUGAUUAUCAGCUACCUUUUGUGCCUCGCAAACCUGCUGCUGCGGCUCCUUGUCGACAUCUUGUCGCAUCACCUGUGGGGCGACGUGGAACUGCCUCACAGACGCCUCAUCAUGAUCGCAAACGUCUGCUAUCUCGCGUGCGUGCCACUGGCGCACUACUCGGGCAAGGACAAGGGCGUGCAGAUUUUUCACCCCUUCUCCGGCAGCGGCAGUUUUGUUGCACUGCAGGUGCUUGGCUGGAUGAUGUACGCCACGUCUGUUAUUAUUAUCAUAUUCGAUACAAUUUUUGCCAGCAACUCCGAGAUCAUCCCUGCCGAGUGGAACACUCUUAUUAAAGAUGGGCCUAUGAUGUACACGCUCUUCGGCAUCCUGGAGCUGAUUCCGGUCGUUCUCAUCACGUUGUCCAUCGCGAUCGAGGCCCGCUACACCAUGACGACGGCACUGCGGCAGCACUUGGCGAAGGAGUCUUUUCUGGAGCUACGCCGUUUCAUGCGCGAGGAGUUAGCGGACAAGUCGGACGAGGAGAAAGUUGUGGCCCAGGUGGCGUUUGGAACGCUCAUGUCGGCAGCGCUGCACAGCUUUGACCUCCCGUGCACCGACAGCCUCCUCCGUAUCUACAAAGACCCGGCAACAGCGCAACGCACCCAAAAAAGCUCCCGCGAGCAGAGCAGCGUCAGCAGAAGUAGUGACGAUGAAGACAAGAGCGGGGAGAGAAUCGAAAGCGGAGAAAGCUCCGACUGGAGUUACAGUGGCGAGGACUUGAUGAUUCGCCGUCAACGCCAAGAGGACGCGUGGUUGAUUGUAAUGCUGCUCUGCUGCGCGUCAGCUGCCUUCUUUGUUAUCGCGGCAUUCAUGGCGAAGUUAGUGAUCUUAUCUCUGGCGUUCGCUGUGACUGCGAUGAUCAUCUGCACGAUUUCGUGCGUCGGCGUGCAUGCCGGGUACGGUAUGGUCCUCCACAAAGAGCGGAGCGCGUACGCGCCGUUCAUGCCGUUCCGUGGAGGGUCACCGUUUGUCAUUCGCCAGAUAGUAGGAUGGUGCUGCUACGCUGGCGCGUUCCUUGUGACGCUAAUCACGUCGAUCGAGUCCGCGGAGGUGUCCGUCACAGCAAUGCUGAUAGCCGCUCUACUGUCGGUGGCGAGUCAGGUCUUUAUCUUUAGCUCCAUCCCGCUGUUCUUCCACCGGCGCGGAGAGCCAACGUUUCUGGAGGUGAACGGCGAAGGGAUUGUGGCGCUGUUGACCUUCUCCGGUGCCAUUGCUUUUGGCCGCGUUUACACCCCUGUUGUGGCGUUCUUCUGGCGCGAUACGCAGCACUACCUCCACUACGGAGAUGAGAGCUUCGCAUCUCGCCGAAAACGCGUGCCGUUUGUGCUCGCAAUGAUAAGUCUGUCAAUGGCAGUGCCGUGCACGCUGAUCGCCCUCAGUCGAACAAGGCGGCAGUGGGAGCGGGUAAUGCACACCAGAGCUGCAGCAGAGGCAACCUCCAAGCAGCCUCAGAGUUCUCCGAGGAAGGAGCAUCGCCGCCGGAUGUUGGCGAUGGGAAUUGCGAACCUGAUGGAGGUACUUGUCAUCCUCUUUGCCACAGUUACUCCGCUGCCCUUUGGGUUUUUGGUGUUCUAUUUCUUUACCCAGUACACCCCGCGCCUGGCGCAGGCGAUGGAAACCUACCUGCCGAUCUGCCUCGGCCUCACCGCGCUGACGCUGGCGCUGUCUGUGGUGCCGUACGUGGUGAACGUCGGUGUGCCGCCGUUUGUGGUGGCCGUGCGCGUCACAUUUGUGACGUGGACGCUGUACUGCCUGCCCAUGCUCUCUGCGGGCGUGCUGCUCCUGCCGUCGCUACUGGUGCCACGACCCAGCACCUUUUUCCUUGCGUGCAGCACGCUUACCAUCUGGAUUGGGGGCCACUUUAGGCAGGUACGUUUUAUGAUGAAGCUGGCGGUGUACGCUGCGAUCGGGUGCCUGACAUACCAGAAAUGCGUUCUGCACCUUGCGGCUGCUCCGUCUUGGGCGAUGGCGCGCGCGCUUGGCGUGCACAUCCUCGACUGCGCGUUGCUUGGGGUGUGGUUGUGGUACAUCCCUCUGUACGCGGGCAAGCCGUCCUACACCGGGCUGCAGCGCAGCGCGCGUUUCACGGAGUUCGCGCGCAAGUACCUCUUCGCCGACGCGGUAAAGUACUUCAACUUCCGCGUGAUGAUGGACGACCCCGCCGUGCAGAUGUGGGACGGCACGUCGCAGUACUUGUUCUCCUUCCACCCCCAUGGCGUGUUUCCCGGCACUGCGCUGUUCGCGUCUCUGACUGCGGAGUGGGCUGAGAAGGUCGGUGUCAACACGAAGUGCUAUGUGUCGACGCACAUUGCGAGUGUCGUCUUCAAUGUGCCACUGCUGCGGGACUUCAACCUGCGUCUUGGUGCCCUGUCAGUGUGUCGGCGCUCUGUCGAAGCGAGCCUCAAGCGCGGCAACAGCGUCCUUAUCGUGACGGGCGGCCAGGCGGAGAUGUUGCACACGCAGAUAAGUGCAAAGAGGCUGACCCUGAUCACGCAGCACACUGGCUUUGUGCGACUGGCCAUCGCAUCACGGGUCCCGCUGGUGCCGCUGCUAUGCUUUGGGGAAAACAAUGUGCUGGGGUUGCUGCAGUUUCCGCGCAUCCAGCGCAUCUCGCUUAAGUUAUUUGGCUUCCCCUUCCCGAUCAUCCUAUUCGGCCGAUUCGGUCUGCCUCUGCCGUUCCGCACACCGCUGACGCUCGUGGUGGGGUCACCACUUACUAUUCCAGAGGACGCGGACGAAAACAAUUCGGAUGACGUGCGGCGCGUGUCGGAGGCCUACUUUCAGUCACUCAAAGAGCUGUUCUACCGCCACCGCGCGGGUGCUGGGUACCCUGACAUGGAGCUUGUGCUGCUGAACGAGAAGGAGGAAGCGAAGAGGCGCAGUGAGGCCCGUGAGAUCGUGGCUGCGGAGACGUUCAAGGCGAAAAAGGCCACGUAG